AUGGAGGAUUCUAUGGACUCUAUGCCUACAGAAGAAUCAGCAUUAGAACUGUAUGAACAACUAUCUGCAUUAUGGUUGAAAGCCGGUAUGUGCGCAAGAAAGUGGCUUUCAAAUUCACGUAUCGUAUUAGAAAAUAUACCGCAGAAAGAAAGAGCCAAGGAGGUAAACCUAGACACAAGUUACUUACCGACCACAAAAGCCUUGGGAGUGACAUGGCAAGCUGAGGAAGACGUCUUUACAUUUAAACUGAAUAAAAAUGUUAGCUCAGUACCAACAGUCAGAAAAAGAAACCUACUGAAAAGAGUCGCUAGCCUAUUCGAUCCGCUAGGUUUUCUCUCCCCUUACAUUGUUAAAGGUAAAAUACUCCUGCAGCAGUUUUGGUUAGGAAGAUAUGAUUGGGACGAUAGAGUAAGCAGUAACUUGACUGACAAAACUAUGGAAUGGCUGGAUGAUCUACCUGUAUUAAAUAAGGUCAUUAUACCGCGAAGUUUAUCGUUUAACGACUCGAAAAAUCCAUCACUGAACGUCUUCGUUGAAGAAGCAUAUGGAACAGCUGUCUUUAUGAGAUCUAAAAAUCAAGAUGAUGACAUUAGUGUGAAAUUUGUGUGCAGCAAGACCAGAGUUUCACCCCUCACUGCUGUUAACAUUCCUCGUCUUGAGCUUAUGGCAGCGGUUUUAGGACUUCGUCUAGCACUAACUGUUACAAAAGCAAUUGUAAUGAGCAUGAUUAAAGUUACGUUCUGGACAGAUAGUGCUAACGUUAUUCAUUGGAUAAGCAAUGAAAGUAGACGAUUCAAGCCUUUUGUGGCACAUAGAAUUGGAGAAAUACAUACAUAUAGCGCGCCUAAACAGUGGCGGUAUGUUUCAACUACUGAUAAUCCAGCAGAUAUAGCGUCAAGGAGAACAACUGCGGAAGAUCUCGUACAGAACACACUAUGGUGGAACGGUGACGUUACAACAGAAGAUCUUUUAGAUCCAGAGAGAUUCUCUGAUUGGUCGCGUCUUCUUAGAGUAACAGCAUGGGUCAAAAGAUUUGCAGACAACUUUAGGAAUACAAAUGACAGAAACAAGAACAGUGUAUUGACAGUGAAAGAAUUACAAGAAGCAGAGAACUUGUUGAUACAUAAAGCGCAAGUAAAACAGUAUCCAGAAGAAUACUCGAGCAUAGUUAAAGGUCAACCAAUACCAAGAAACAGUAAACUGAUUCCGUUGAAUGUAAAAAUAGACGAACAAGGUAUGAUGAGGUGUGAUACAAGACUAACGCAUGCAAGAUUUUUGCCAUAUGAUGUAAGAUAUCCAAUUAUAUUACCGCGUAAAAGUCCUGUAACAAGACUGCUUGUAAAGAGCUUCCAUGAAGAAGGGAAUCAUUAUGGUACAAAUCAAACACUGGCAGCAAUGUCUUCGAGAUACUGGUUUAAUUUUGUGCUUAUGUAG